AUGACAGAUAUUAAAAGAAAUUUUUCAGAUAUUGCCUCACCAGCAAAUCUAGAUGAUACCAAGAAACUUCACGUAGAUUCUACUGCAACAACAAAAGUGGGCAGAAAACCAAUCGAUACCGAACCUAAAUCAAAGAGAACUGCUCAAAAUAGAGCUGCUCAAAGGGCAUACCGUGAACGUAAAGAACGUAAAAUGAAAGAGUUGGAAGAUAAGGUAAGAUUAUUAGAAGAUGCAAAUGUCAGAGCACUAACUGAAACCGAUUUUUUACGAGCUCAAGUAGACGUGUUGAAAAAUGAGUUGGCUAAAUAUACUGGUGGUAGCGAUUUUCUGGAUUUGAAUUUACCUACUAAAGUUGGUCAUUUAUCACAUCCAAAUAAUCAUCACAGUAAUGUUUCUACAGGUACACCUCAUGGUUCAAUGUCAUCUUCUAACUCUGUUGCAAGUUUAGAUAAUGACAAACCUUCCAGUGCUUCAUCGGUAUCAAACAAUUCACCUGGUUUUGCUUUUGAUAAUCCUUGGUCUAAAGAUAACAUACAAAAGUUAAAGCACCAGCAUCAACAACAACAACAAAAGGUUCCCCAAGGUGUGCCGGAUUUGGUGCUGGGUUCAUCUUCAUCGUCUACACCUUUAAAUGACAAUUUAUUGGUCACUCCUGAAUCGUUGACUGGCUUGUCUACAUCGAGUAAAUAUACUGGCCAGAAUAAUGUACCAACCAAUUUGGAUUUCACCAAUCAGUUUGAUGAACAAGUUGAUCCAUUUUGUGUUAAAUUGAAUGAAGCAUGUGGAACCAAAAGUAACCCAGUGCCCAAAUUUAAACGUUCAGGUUCUAAAGCAAAUACUUCAGUAACAAAUAAUUCCCCACUUGCCCACUUGGUAUCACCGGAAUCUCAACAAUAUACCAAUUCUUCUAAUAUCGACUUUAUGAAUGAUCCAUUUUUCAAUGGUGUGGGAACUGAUUAUAACUUUAAUUUUGAUAGCAAGAAUGGUUCCAUUCAAGAUCCUUUAUCGUUUCUUCAGGAUGACAACUUUGAUCUUGCAUUGGCAUUUGGUGAUCCAAGUCCUACUGGUAAUGAAGCAGAAGCCGAUCCAAUUUCAUUAUUAACAACAGAAGAAUCUAUAUAUGAUCCAUUGACAAACAACAGUGAUAAACUUUGUAGUACGGUUAAAGCUGAUGAUGUUAAUACUGACUUCAAUUUCAAUGAUUUUGUCAAGAAUUCAUUACCUGAAAAACAAGAGAAAGGUAAAUAUGAACCACCAUCAACAUCAAAGACUACAAAUAAUAAUGAAGAAGAAGAUAAAGAUGAAGUUGUGCCGGCACCUCCACAAACACUCAAAUGUAGUGAAAUUUGGGAUAGAAUAACGUCACAUCCAAAAUAUACUGAACUUGAUAUUGAUGGGUUGUGUAAUGAGUUGAAAAGUAAAGCUAAAUGUUCUGAAAAGGGAGUAGUGAUAAAUACUGCUGAUGUGAAUCAAUUACUAGAGCGAAGUAUAAAACAUUAA